GUAAACUACUUCACGUACUUCGCAGACUUCACUGUCCUAACGAAGCCGCAGUGAGCAUGGAGCGUCUGUUAGAUGAAGAGUAUAAAGGCGAAUUGCUUCAAAGCCUCAACGAGCUCAGGAAAUCGAACAUUCUGUGCGAUACAACGAUCAAAACCGAAGGAAAAGACUUCCCAGUUCAUCGAUGUGUUUUAACAGCCGCCAGUCCCUACUUCCGGGCGAUGUUUACCUCAGAGUUCAGGGAAAACGAUAGCGGCUUCGUAGAGCUAAAAAACGUAACAGGUGCCAUAAUGAAUGAAAUUAUUCAGUUUAUGUACACUGGGAAAGCGGAAACUGACUCAUCGAGUGCUCAAGAGUUGAUUAUGGCGGCCGACUUCUUGAUGCUGCCAAGUUUAAAAUUGAAAGCCUCGAAAUUCCUGGAAGGAACAAUCAGCGUCACGAACUGCCUUGCGCUAGAGUCUUUCGCUCGGCAGUUUAACUGUGAUUUAUUGAAGCAGGCCUCAGUCUCCUACAAAAUGGAAAAUUUUCCCUCUGUGGUGAAAACAGAUGAUUUUAAAUCACUGGACUUCGAGAGGGUACAGGACUUGAUCUCACGAGACGAAAUAGUUGUCUCUAAAGAGGAAGAAGUUUACGAAGCAGUGAUUAUCUGGGUUAAGCACGAAGUCGCAUCGCGAGAGUGCUUACUACCAGAGCUCCUGAAAUGCGUGAGAGCUUCCUCGAUGUCAAAGCACAGUCUUAAAAGGAUCAUUGAUCGAGAGGACUUGGUUAUAAAGAACCCAGCUUGUAUGAAAAUUUUGAUUCAGUGGCUCAGGGCUUUUCUUUUUCAAGAUUAUGUAUUGUUACAAGGGCCUCGAUUAUGCCUUAAAUUUAAGGAGACAGUGGUAGUUCUUACUGGUGGUCACAGGUCAGGAUCGAUAUCAACCUCUACCACCCUUGGCUUUGUUCUUGCUACAAAGAAGUGGUUACAAUUACCUAUGAUGCCAUGUCCCCGAACACGACAUGCUGCUGCAGUAUGUGGUGGUCAGUUGUAUGUGGUUGGAGGUUUCUCAGAGAUCCCAUUAUGUUGCUUCAAUCCUGUUCAAAAUGAGUGGUUUUCUACUGAAAAGAACCUGCCAUUCCAUCCGCAUAGUGCACUGGUUGCCUUUAAUGAAGAACUGUACCUGAUUGGUGGAGAUUCUGAUGAUAAGCGUCAAGUUAGGAAGUACAAAUGUAACCUUGAUCAAUGGGAAUUUCUGUCACCAAUGGCAUUUUCUCGAGCUGCACACUGUGCAGUUGUCCUUGAGGAGCUCAUCUAUGUAAUGGGUGGUCAUAAUGAUAAUGUGUGUUUAAGGAGUGUUGAGUGCUACAAUCCUGCUAAUGAUCAGUGGACUCAGAUUUUAGAUAUGAACAAUGCAAGAAAAUUUUCCGCUGCAGCAGCCAUCACUAAUGGAAAAAUCAUUGUUGUAGGUGGUUAUAGUGACAUGGGCUUUACAAGAAUUGAAGAAACUUGUGAAAUCUUUGACAAAAGUUUGAAUCAGUGGAGCUUGGUUUCAAGCCCCACAGUACCACGUGCUGCAUGUGGCAUAGUCAGUGUGAAAAGUGCUGUUUAUCUGUUUGGAGGAGAAGAUACUAACAACCCUGUAAAUAAACUUGACAGUGUAGAGUGUUAUAUUGUCCAAGAAGAUAAGUGGAUCCAUGUUAGCACCAUGCCUGAAAGUCUCUCUUGCCUUCAGGCUUCACUCAUUCAAUUUCCUGUGAAACAUGUGACAGAAGAUUGAAAUUGAAAAAGAGAGAAAUUAGAUUUUAUUCAGUGUAGUGUGUUGGUCUCUCUCUGGAAGAGUUUCAUAGAGGUUAUUACAUGGCCAAGUAGAGAUAUGAAAUCUCUCUUAGAGCAUUGAAAUCCAUGGCUGAGCUUGUAAACCAUUAACCCUUAACUACUAUGAGUGACCUAGACAAAAUUUCUCAUUACAAUAUCAACAGAAUAUCAAGGAGAAUAAAGGAAAACAUCAUUUAGGUAUAAUAAGUUGAUCAAGAAAAAAUUUUUCCUUACAAUAUUAAAAGGGUAUCAAGCAGACAGUGACAAGAAUAAAGGAAAAUAUUAAUUAGGGAUAAUUAGUUGAUCACAUCCCAAAUUCUCCAAAUUAAAAAAAGAAUUGUAUGGCAGACAUUAAGGACAAUUAAUAACUUGAUCUUGUGAGUGAAAAGGUUAAACUUUCAUUUAGAAAUGUUUUUUAUGUUAUAUUUCAAUUUACUAGAAAAAGCAAAAUAAAGGGCUCUAAUGACAUGAUAAUAAGCCAGCAUGGAUGGUCUUAAAUUAGAGUAGUAAAUGUUUUUACAAACCUUGCCUGAACUACUAUGAAUUUCUACUAAACAUGUAACUUUAAAAACUUUAAAAUGUAUCCAGUUUACCAUUCAUAGAGCAGAUGAGUAUGACUUAUUUACCGAGUGUGGCUCACGACUGUCCAUAGUCCUUUAUCACUGAUUACUCUCAAUUAUUUCUAUCGUCAUCAUCAUUAUCAUUAUUAUUGUCAUUAUUUUUAUAACUGUUAUCAAGCAUAUCUAUUUUUGUGAUUUAGGAUAAAAUAAAGGAGAGUCAGCAGUCACA